AUGUUGUGUUUAAACAGUAGUCACUGUCAAAAUGGAAAUCGAUGUCUAUUCGGUUUUUGUAUUUAUCCUAAAGAAAACUAUUUUACUGAUCAGUAUACUAUUCAUUCCAAUGCAUUAAUUCUUCCUAUAAUUGGAGCAACACAUCAUGAUCUUCCAUCAUUAUGGCAUAUGUAUAUAUGGAUUUUCAUUAUUUUGGCUCUAAUUGGAUUAUUAAAUAAUAUCUUUGCAUUGAUGACAUUUAUUCGUGAUCGUAUUCGAUAUACAACAUUUGGAAUUUAUCUAAUUAUCUAUUCUAUAUGUAGUUUAUUGUUAAUGAUUUUAAUUUUAACAAACGUUCUAACUGCUAUUUAUUAUGAUAAAUAUAUAUUUCGUUUAUGGGCAUGUCAUGGAUAUCCAUAUUUAUCUCUUAAUAUGGUUUAUACAAGUACUUUAAUAAGUGCUGCUAUUGCAAUUGAAAAUAUUUUAAUAAAAUGUUUCAAUUUUGAUAAAUUUCGUUCACGUAAAUCAUCUUUAUUUAUUUCAUUAUUCAUAUUUCUUAUUGUUUCAAUAUCAAAUCUUGAUAAAAUAUUUUCACGUUAUUUAAUAACUGAUCAAUCGAAUAAUCUCUAUUGUGUAUAUGAUAAAUAUACAUAUAAACCAUGGUCAAACAUUAUGUUUUUCUUUUGUAUAAUCUUUCCAUGUUUUAUUCAUUUAAUAUGUAUAAUACGUAUUCUAUCAAUAAAAGUAAAAGAAAAUUUCAUUCAACGAAUAUUUGCUUAUCAAAAUUAUAUGGUACCAUCAUUAUUUAUUAUAUUAUGUAUAUUUUUACAUGGUUUAUAUCGUUAUAUAAUUGAUUUUAAUUUAUUUAAUUCAUCAACAUUUAUAAUUCGUUUACAUAUUGGAUUUAUUUUUCUUCUCUAUGCACCACAAAUAUUAACAUAUAUGAUUUAUGUUCUACCAAAUGAUUUUUAUGUGCGAGAAUUUUAUCAAAUAUGGUUUUAUAGAAAAUUAUGUUGUUGUUUUUAUAAUAAACGACGACAUAUACAAGAAUUUGAAGUUAUACAUCGAUUAUGGCAAAGACGAACAUCAUUAGAAACAGUUAAGACAAUAACAAAUCUUGAUGAUACAUGUGUUGACAGUGAAUUUUAUAAGAAAACUUAA